AAAGACUGGGCCGAGUAACAACAUUGGUAGGAGGCGCCAUUUUGGAUUCUUAAUCUUUUAGGAUCAGCUUCUCGACAGCAAAUCUGUUUCCAUCGGGAUCGCUAAAGCAUAAUGACUGAUUCCAAGUACUUUACAACGACCAAAAAAGGGGAGAUUUUUGAGCUCAAGGCUGAGCUGAACAGUGAUAAAAAAGAUCGCAAGAAGGAAGCAGUGAAGAAAGUAAUUGCCAGUAUGACUGUUGGAAAGGAUGUCAGUUCGCUGUUUCCUGAUGUUGUGAACUGUAUGCAAACUGAUAACUUGGAGUUGAAGAAGUUGGUGUAUUUGUACCUGAUGAACUACGCCAAGUCUCAGCCCGACAUGGCCAUCAUGGCGGUCAAUACGUUUGUCAAGGAUUGUGAAGAUCCAAAUCCACUAAUCCGUGCUUUGGCUGUACGCACCAUGGGCUGCAUCCGUGUUGAUAAGAUCACAGAGUACCUGUGCGAGCCCCUCCGCAAGUGCCUGAAGGAUGAGGAUCCCUAUGUGCGCAAGACCGCAGCAGUCUGUGUCGCAAAACUCCACGACAUCAACUCUCAACUGGUAGAAGAUCAAGGUUUCCUUGACUCCUUGAAGGACCUUUUGUCUGAUUCCAAUCCUAUGGUUGUGGCAAAUGCGGUAGCAGCAUUGUCUGAGAUCGGUGAUGUGUCACCCACUGCCGCUGCUAUGAUGGAAAUCAACUCGCAAACAAUAAAUAAGCUACUGACAGCACUUAAUGAAUGCACUGAGUGGGGCCAGAUCUUUAUUCUUGAUUCCCUGGCACAGUACACCCCCAAAGAUGACCGAGAAGCUCAGAGUAUCUGUGAACGAGUCACACCCAGGUUAUCUCACGCCAACGCUGCCGUUGUUCUCUCAGCUGUAAAGGUUCUCAUGAAGUACAUGGAAAUUAUGACUCCAUCUUCACCUUAUGUUCAGAACCUCGUCAAGAAGCUAUCACCUCCACUUGUGACUUUGUUGUCCAGUGAACCAGAAGUCCAGUAUGUGGCUCUAAGGAACAUAAACUUGAUUGUACAAAAGAGGGCGGACAUCCUCAAGAAUGAGAUGAAAGUGUUCUUUGUGAAGUACAAUGAUCCAAUUUAUGUAAAGCUUGAGAAGCUGGAUAUUAUGAUUCGACUGGCAAAUCAACAGAACAUUGCACAAGUAUUGGCAGAAUUGAAAGAGUAUGCCACUGAAGUUGAUGUUGAUUUUGUAAGGAAGUCUGUGCGUGCAAUUGGGCGUUGUGCCAUUAAAGUCGAGCAAUCUGCUGAACGCUGUGUAAGCACCCUUCUGGACUUGAUUCAGACCAAAGUGAACUAUGUGGUGCAAGAAGCUAUUGUAGUUAUCAAGGAUAUUUUCAGGAAAUAUCCAAACAAGUAUGAGAGCAUCAUUUCUACAUUGUGUGAAAAUCUGGAUUCAUUAGAUGAACCAGAAGCAAGGGCAUCAAUGAUUUGGAUCAUUGGUGAAUAUGCUGAACGAAUUGACAAUGCUGCAGAGUUGUUGGAGUCUUUUCUGGAGGGUUUCCAAGAUGAGAAUUCCCAGGUUCAGCUGCAGCUGUUGACAUCCAUUGUGAAGCUGUUCUUGAAGCGUCCAACUGACACACAGGAGCUGGUUCAGCAGGUCCUGAGUCUAGCGACACAGGAUAGUGACAAUCCAGAUCUUAGGGACAGGGGGUACAUCUACUGGCGAUUGCUCUCCACUGACCCUGUUGCAGCAAAGGAGGUGGUGCUGGCUGAAAAACCCUUGAUUUCUGAAGAGACAGACCUGCUGGAACCCACCCUGCUUGAUGAACUCAUCUGUAACAUCUCCACACUGGCAUCUGUCUACCACAAGCCACCCAGUUCAUUUGUGGAGGGUCGAACAGCUGCAAGGAGAUUCACCCUUCCAUCAAGAGCUGAGCCAUCCCCAGGUGCCGAGACUGAGGAAGCUGCUCCAGCUUCUCAACCAGUGGCUGCUCCGGUCGCAGCUCCAGUGGCAGCUCCAGUGACAGCCCAGGCUCCACCCNGGCUUGGUGGAGGCCCAGUCCCUUCUCAGCCUGUUGGUCCCAUGGGAGGACUGGGUGAUCUUUUCAGCUUGUCAGGGGGACCUGGUAUUUCUGGAGGGAUGUAUUGUGCACCUAAACAGGUCUGGUGUGUUUGUUUUUUGUGUUUUAGUUUUGGUCUGACGCCAGCGGUGCAGUUGAACAUCCCUUCUCCUUUGCUUGCCAACUCAGCAGCCGAAACUUCCCUUCCUCUCUCGACAACUGGCGCUGUACAGAGAAUGGAUCCGCUGACCAACCUUCAAGUGGCAGUCAAAAACAACGUUGAUAUAUUCUACUUCAGUUGCACUGUGCCUUAUCACGUGUUCUUUGUAGAAGAUGGCCAGAUGGACCGCAAAGUAUUUUUGGCAACUUGGAAGGACAUUCCUGCCGGCAAUGAAGUUCAGAAUCAAAUCUCUAACGUGAAUUACUCGUCAGAUGUUGCGCAGCAAAAACUCUCUGCUAACAAUAUCUUUACCAUCGCCAAACGUACCGUGGAAGGCCAGGACAUGUUAUAUCAAUCACUGAAAUUCACCAACGGCAUCUGGGUUCUUGCCGAGCUCAAAAUGCAACCUGGUAACCCUGUGGUACAGCUGUCGCUGAAGACACGAGCGAUGGAUGUGGUGAUGGGUGUAAAAGCUAUCUACGAGACCAUUUUACACAACUGAAGUCCCACAACGGCUCCAUCUCCUGAGAAUUUGCAGAUUGUUCAUCAUCAGAACAGAAGAGAGGACACGGAUUAGAAUUAUAGGAUGUAGAAUACAAGUGAAAUAAAAUGACGUUGAUUGUAAUGUA